AUGAGGAAUCUUUUUUUUGGAAAAAAGAAUUUAAAAGAAAUUAUUUUCAAAGAAUACAUCAACGCUGAUAAGGUCUCGGCCAAGAAUAUCUUUGUGGCUGCGAAUUUUUGUUGUUCGAUUGUCGAUCUUUUUGUGAAGAUUGUUGGGACUUAUUCCAAUUAUUAUUUUGUUUGGAUUUUUGGCCCAUUUUAUGAUUCCCUUGUCCAGUUGUUUUUGGUGUAUUGAAAAGAGGCAUUGGUGGUGGCGGGGGAGGAGGAGGCAAAAAGUUAUCCUGGAAAAUUGUGAGUGAAUCUUAGAGAGAAAA